UAAUUUAAAGUGAUUGCUGCAUGUUACCACGUCUACGUCAGUUUUACUUCUCGUUCUCCUUUUCAAUGAUCAACUAUAAAGUAGAAAAUCUAUCAAACUCCCUUUAAAUUAUACAACGAACAUAACCGGAGGACGAAGAUUCUCUCACUCAUCUGGCUGCGUCUAAAAUCCUAGUGAGCGCCCUAGGAAGAUCAUACUGUACUGUAGUCACGUUCUAAGUUAACAGAUGCAUAAAAUACUGUCUAGAUAGUCAGCUCACUAUGCUUCGUGACACAACCUCAGUGUGUGUUGCUCUGGGGAGUAUGGUUGGGAAUGGAUAACAUCCGCUCGACUAAACCGGGGAAAGUUGUUUCCUGAGCACUUGCUUUAGUUUGUAGUUUUGUUGAAGCCCAGCCCUGCUGUUGCAGCUCAGACAGGAAAGGGAAGACGGAUGCGGGCGAAGGAAAGAAUAUCAAAACGAAACGAUCAUACCGACACAAAUGACGUUAAACCAUGGAGGUGUCGGAGACGCCACCAUCGCGAACCGGAGACAACGACGGAAUAUUUGAAGAAGAUCUGCAGACCCAGCUAAUCGAGUGCAGAGCUCAGCUGGAACACUGGCAGGGUGUGGCAAGGAUUUGCGAACUUGGCAAACAGGAGGAGUUGCAGGAACUGCAAAAACAAUGUGACCAGGAGAUUCAGUCUUUGCAGGAGGCUCUGAGAGAAACAGCUGCCCAAUAUGAAGCUCGACUAUCUGCUCUUCAAUCUGAGCGCGCUCAGUGGAGGAGAGCCACUCGGCCUUAUGACAGCAAGGGUGGCAUUAAAAAGGGCAAAGUGGAGGGUACCUCCCCCCCCACUGGAGAACUGCAUGGUGGCUCUUCUCCACCACGGGGCAUUGACCCUGAGAGCGCGGGCUCAGACUCCGAUCUACUGGAGCUGAUGCCAGAGGUUUCAGAUACAGAGACCACAGGGUUUAUGAUGGACUACUUCCCCCCUCACUGUGACUCAGCCUCCCUCUCAUCCUUUUCUCUGGACACGCCGUCUUUGCCCAGGCAUCAUCCCCCUCAAGAUGACACCGCCUCUCUGGUUUCCACAGGAACGCUGGUGCCUGAAGCGAUCUACCUGCCACCACCAGGGCACCGACUGGUCUCUCAUGAUGACUGGGACAAAAUGCAUGCACAGCUUGAAGAGCUUCAAGAGGAGUUGACAGAGCUUAGAAAGCAGAAAGCUGAAUUGGAGAGAGAACUGGAUGUGCAAAGCACAGAGACACAAAAACAGUUGUCAGUGCUGCAGUCUCAAGUGCAAACAUCUGAGUCCCUCCUUCAAGACCUACAAAAAUCUUUCAGCCAAUCGCAAAGUGCCGUCCAGAGCAGAUUGGCCGAGCUGUCUUACUCUCAGAAGAGAGUUUGUAAUGAGCUCUCCAAGUUGAAAGGUGAAGAUGCCGAGGUUGAUGAAAGUGCAGAAGAUACCCUGCCACCCCUCAGCCCAACACUACAGGCAGCACACUGUGAGGAGAGGCUUCGUAUUGAAAUCGUGAACCUACAGGAACAGCUGGAGACACGCACAGAGGAGAGCGAGAUUUUAGAAGUAAAGCUUGCAAGCCUGAAAGUAGAGACGGACCGCAUUCAGAAUCAUAAAGAAAAGUGUGAGGCUGAGCUAAAGGAGUGUCGCAUAGAGUUGGAGGGUCUGCGGGUGGCGCUGUCUCAUCUCCAGAAAGAAAAUAAAACGCUCAUCCAUGGGAAGGCUGUGUUACAACAACAGUGUUUAGAGCUGCGCAGUCAGGUGAUCAGUCUGCGCACUCAGCUAGACACGAGUCAGACUGUACAGAAAGAUUUUGUGCAGCUUUCUCAAUCCUUGCAGGUGAAACUGGAGCAGAUUCGCCAAGCAGAGUCAUUGAACCAGGUCAAGCACAUUUUAGGCGAAGUGGUUGAAGAAGAUACUGAUUCAAAUAAAGAUGCCACAUGAAACA